AUGUCGAUGAUUAGAACAACACUAUACUUAGUACGCCAUGGAAAAACAGAAUGGAAUACUAUGGGAUUAAUGCAAGGUUGGGGUGAUUCACCAUUAACUGAAGAAGGUAUUCGUGGAGCACAAGCUAUCAGAGAUGCUCUUAAAACGAUUCCUUUCGCAGCUGCUUACACUAGUUCAAGUCAGCGAGCCAUCGAUACAGCACGAAUUAUCAUGGAAUAUCAUAAAAACAUGCCAUUGGAAACAGAUGAAGAUUUACGUGAAAUUUAUUUCGGCAAGUGGGAAGGCCUCAAAUAUCGACAACUGGCAAUCGAAUUUCCUGAAGAACAUAGAAAUUUGAUGCUUCAUGCAGAUAAAUAUAUACCGGAAAAUAGUGGCGGCGAAACGUAUCCUGCUAUGUUGACACGAAUGGAACGAGCAUUGAAACGCAUUGCUACUAAACAUAAGGGUUCUUUUGUACUUAUUGUUUCGCAUGGAUUACAUUUUUCCAAACUUGCUUUAUUACAAAAUACAAUAAUUUGCUUUUAA